UAGUAGUGUAGAAGAAGUAUGCCCGGCCUGUUUGUGAGGCUCUACUGAUCCUAGGGGCGCUCCGUGCGAGAGUCUGUCUGCGUCUCAACAAGAAGCGUUACCAGCAGUGGCGGUUGUGAGGCUACCCACCUGCAGGGAGAUCACGUGACCCAGGGACAGCGGCAGUACGGCUCGCGGAGGAAACGCAGCGGCUUGGAAUACGUGGGUCGGUGGAUGUUGGGCCUUGCGACCCGACCUGUUCGAAGCUGCGACUGUCCCGUAAAACGGUGGGAGUCUCGCAGUGUGGACCAUGGGAUCGGGCAAUGGACGACCCGUCUGUUGAGGACGCCGUUCAUGCGGAGUUAUCGGGUCAUCCAGCAGUGGAAUGGGCCAGUAAGCAUAAGUCCCUCUCAAACGAAUGAAGAGAGAAUUCAAGAUCAGCUUUUCCUCGUAAGUGGCACUUGGUUAAUCGACUUGAAGAAGGGUCACGAUACGAACGUGUCUGGAGUGUGGAGGAAGGAGUUAACGGAGCCGGGGUGACGUAGCUGUUGUUGACGAUGGUAAAUCUCUAUCUUUUACGCAUGUUAGUUACCAUGACAACUCCCAUAGGUGUGGAAUGGCGUA